GUUCUUUUCUAUCAUCGCUUGACUCCCUUGCACUUGUUUUGUGGGUCAUCAGUAGUUCUGAGUGCUCGGAUCAGAAGUAUUUUUUUUUACCAAAUAGGGUUUAAUUUUAAAUGAUGCGGAUGUGAGUCUGUUCUGGCUCACGAUGUUGUACAUAGUGAUAAAGGGCAAGUUCUCUACGAAAGGUUAUCCUGCGUGCGAUGUAUUUAUGGUUCUUUAAAAUGGUAUGCGGAUACGAAUUUGUCUUGGGGACUGGGUAUAGUUACACAUCGCGAAUGGUAACCCUAAUUUUUUAUGCUCGAUGGAAAUAGAGUGUUCAUUCACAGGAAAUGGUGACAGUUGUGGACCUAUCUCUCUAGGGAUUGUUUGUGCUUCUCAAAAUGAGUCCACUACACUGCGAAAUGAAUUGCAAUGCUCGUGACUAACCCUUCUCGAGUUGUGUUCUUUAAUUGUCAGUGAAUACCACCUUCAGAUCCCAGACGGUUGAGACAUUUCUUCGUUCUGUUGGAAUGAACACCUGCAAACGUCAUUGAAGGUUGGAGUCGAAAAUGAGCUGUUCCGACCGUAGAAUGGUCAUCUCAAUCUUUCAAGAAAUUCCUUAGGUCAGCAUAUGGUCCAUGCUGAAUUUUAUAUCUUAAAACGUGCUGGAGUAUACUUGAGCUGCUAUCAAUGGAAAUUCAGGGUCCUUACGGCAGGAGGAGCUUUGAAAUAGUAGGCUUGCAGUUUGAGACGGCGUCUCAAAGUCGUUAAGGCGUGCAUAUUUUUGAGACAACAUCAAGACAUGCAGCCAAGACGGCGUUACCUCGUCGCUGGUGACGUGAGAUCGGAUCAGAGACCACUCUUAAGGAUCAUGUUUCACUUGUGUCUGAAAGACACUCUAGCAUCACGCAGUCACUGAGCUUGUUGAGGCAGGGAGUGAGCGUAGUGUGGAUUUGGUUUGGCAACCUUUGGGGCAGUGUGGCGACUACACGGCCUCGCGACAUUGGUAACCUGGUUCCACCAUUGGAGCGUACAACGAGUAGCAAUAGCUUCGCGGCCCACAUGGAUUCGCCGCCAGACAACGACUGUUGUUCUGUGUGUCAUGAUUCCUUCACAAUGCCAUGUCAGGCCAAUUGUGCUCAUUGGUUUUGUGGAGAAUGUAUAUUGAGAGUAUGGCAACACAGCUCCGUGCUGCAACCUUGCAAAUGCCCCAUUUGUAGACGAGCUAUUACCCUACUUAUCCCAACUAAUGUCUCGGAAGCCCAACAACAAGAUCCGGAAGUGGAGCGUGUAAUCCGCGACCUCGCCAAAUACAACCGCAUUUUUGGGGGUGGUCCCGUCAGCUUUAUGCAGAGAGUUCGAGACAUGCCUCUACUGCUGCAGCGCAUGGUUGGGGAAUUGAUGGAUCCACAACGUGCAAUUCCUCUGGUUCAUCGGACACGAAUUCUUUUCUUUUUGGUUUUGCUAGCUGUUUACGUGUUCUCUCCCCUUGAUGUUAUUCCUGAAGGGGUGCUGGGAUUGGUUGGAUUAUUGGACGACUUGUUGGUGAUUGUCAUGGUGCUGUUUUACUUGGCGAUGCUCUACCGAUCUACUCUCAUUCUCCACCAUGGUGGUCAGCCCCAAUAACAAGUUCCAUCUCCUCCACUGCAGUUCUGGUUGGUUUACACAAUUCGACCAACAAGCAGUUUCCAUGUACACUCAAUAGUGUGGCUGAACUUGUUGCUGAAACUGUAUAUUUAUAUCAUACCCUUGGAGAUGUUGGGCACUAGGACCAUGUAAUUCACCCAUUCCUUUUUCUUUUUUUAAAUAUAGUUAGCAUGGAAGGUUAGUUUUUAGUGACUCUGGAUGCUCCUGAUGUGAGAAAUAGGAUGCACGCCAUUUAGAAAAUGGGAUUAAGUUGUAGAAUGAUCAGUUGGCAGUGAUUAUGAGAUGUUGGUGGUGUGAACGGUUAGUAGAUGGCGUGGCUUGUGCUGUCUUUCGGAGUUGAUGCAUUGUUGUUGAAUGCAUUUGAUUGAACUGGCGCUUGCUACGAUCAACUAUC